AUGGGACGCACCAGGAGGGCUGAAUACCCCCAGACCUCCAGGAACACCUCUUCGGGAGAGCUCUCUGGCCCGAUGGACGGCUACCUCUGCACCCCGGCUGGGCCCACGCACAGGACUCCAACGUCCAACAUGGCGCCGACCUUGCCUGUCUCCACAUGCUCCAGCUCCGACGGCACGACACUAGCCGACAUCGUUGCAGAAUUAAAACAUAUGGCAAUGUCCAUGGUCACUAAAGAUUACCUCAAUCACCUCUCCUCCACACUACAUGAGGCAAUCAAAAUGAAAGUGGCUGGUCUGAAGAAGGAGGUUAAAGCACAAGAGGCCCGCAUCCUACAACUGGAACAAAGGGCACAGAUGACUGAAAAUCACUCCACAGCCACAGCCCUAAAACGCCAAGGAGCACUUCUCCUAGCCAUGAGACGGCAGCUGGAGGACCAGGACAGGCUGCCGCAAUAA